CCCUCUGCGAGCCUUCCGUCGUUUCCAGCCUCAAAUUAAAACCCUCUUGUUUUCUUAAAAUAAUAAAAUAAAUCCACCCCCAAAAAUUGUAGUGGCUCAGAUUUCUCUAAACUCUCUCGUCUCUCGUCGGCUCGACUCACUUCGCUUUUACUCUCUUCUUCUUCCUCCUCCUUGCAUCCAAUCCAACAAACUACUUCUCUUCAGAUUUGGACCAUUGCCUGAAUCUUUCCGUCAUGGAAUGAAUCCUGUUCAUGCUGAUCACCUUCAAGAUCCCAACUUCAACUCUUGUCUUCCCCCAUGGCCACUAUCUCCCAAGGUUUUCGCAUCACUCGGCUCAUUUUGGUGAGGGUUCCGAUAGAAAUUUUCUCGCUCUCUCUCUCCCUCUCCCUCUCCCUCUCCCUCACUACUACUAUUACUUGUUUCAGGUUUAUUCAAGAUGUUACCUUAUCAGGUAUUGUUGAAUACAACGGCUAAGCUAUUUUCCUGCUUGGAUGCUUCGAGGGAUGAAAGACGGCUUUUGUAUCCCUUACUUGUUCGAGAGGAUUUGAAGCAGCGCUAACAGCUGCCCUUGUCCCUAGAUGGACCCCUACUCUAGAGAAAAGUUGAACAUUAAGACAAGGAAACCGUAUACAAUUACUAAACAACGUGAACGAUGGACAGAGGAUGAGCAUAAUAGUUUUUUAGAAGCCCUGAAACUAUAUGGGCGAGCUUGGCAACGGAUAGAAGAACACAUAGGAACCAAGACUGCGGUGCAAAUCAGAAGUCAUGCACAGAAGUUCUUUACAAAGUUGGAGAAGGAGGCUGUUGCUAGAGGAAUACCAAUAAGACAAGCUCUUGAUAUGGAAAUUCCUCCUCCACGCCCUAAAAGGAAACCAAAUUAUCCUUAUCCUAGAAAGACUGGCCCCCCAAAUCAUCCACAUGUGGCAGAAAAUGACAGGAUACAAGCAACCUUAGUUUCUUCUCUGCAAUCCGGGAUACAAAUACUGGAUCUGGAGAGAAAACCCCUUCCAGAGACAACCAGCCACGAAGAGAAUCUUGAAAAUGCAAAAUUAAAUGAGCAAGUGGAAAAUGCUAUCGAAGGACCAUCAGAAAAUGAAAAUUCCGUACCAAAACCAGUUGAAGCCCUAAAUCCAGGCGUUUUUAGAGAGUUCAUACCUGCCUUGGAAGAGGUCAUUGCCCAUGAUGAAGCAAAUGAAUCUUAUAUCACCAUUGAAACCAGAGAGCACCAGAAACUGGAUCAAGAUGGCAUUAAUCACACAAAUAUUACAUCUGACACCUCAUUAUUUGAGAGCUCACACCUUGUGCAUGAAAAUAUCAUUCACCGUCAAUAUUCUGAUAAGCUGAAGCAGCCUACUGGAAAUGUUGGGGCCCUGUCAAUAAAUGACAUACGGGGUGUGCAGAAUUACCCAAGGCAUGUUCCUGUACAAGUUGUAGAUGGAAAAAAUCUAGGAAUUAGUGCAAAAAGCAGUGCAACUCCAGAUAUGUCCUUUCAGGAAUCAACACUCAAUAAGUCAGGAGAAGUUGAAAACCCCAACUUAUUUGUUAACAUAGCAGCAUCUGCAGUUACUGGGCAUCAUAACAAUGCUACAAGAUCUUCCAGCUAUCAGACAGUUCCAACCUUCCAUCCUCUUUCCUCUUUAUGUGAUAAUCAAGAGAAUUACAGAUCAUUUUUCCAUGUUUCAUCCACAAUCUCCAGCCUCAUUGUUUCAUCUCUGCUACAAAAUCCUGCAGCCCAUGCUGCAGCAAGCUUCGCAGCUACGUUCUGGCAUCCUGCAACUACAGAAGCUUCCUCCAGAGAUUCUCCUUCAUCAGUUCAGUUAAAUUCCGAGACUCCUAGCAUGGCAGCAAUUGCUGCUGCAACUGUAGCAGCUGCAACUGCAUGGUGGGCAGCUCAUGGUCUGCUUCCUGUUUGUACUCCUUUUUACCCGGGUUAUUCUUGUACUUCUCCAUUUUCAUUUGGGACACCCAUAGACGGCAAUCAAGCAAGAGUGGCCAAUAAUGGAGGAGAGAAGGUUCCUUCUGAAGGUGUCGUGCAAGGAGAGAAGAUGAAUGCAGAAAAGGGUGAGGGCUUCCCAAAAGAACAUCCACCUCCAGGAUCUGUGGAUCUGUCUUCAUCGGAGGAUUCUGAUGGGCAGGGAGGUAAGAAAUCAAAUACUGAACCAAUUGCGGGUGAUACCAAGGAAAUGGCACCAGUGACGGAGCUACAUGAUUCAAGCAAGACUAAUGUUCGGAAACAAGUUGACCGGUCUUCUUGUGGUUCUAAUACGACUUCUAGCAGUGAAAUUGAGACGGAUGCUUUACCCAAGCAUGGAAAGGAAAGAGAAGAAACUAAAGGUUCAGAUGUGAAUCUUCCAUGUAUUGACUCUAUUUCCCGUAGGUGUAGAAGCACUAUUAGCCCAAACGAAUCAUGGAAGGAGGUCUCGGAAGAGGGACGACUUGCUUUUCAAGCUCUCUUCUCGAGAGAAGUCCUGCCACAAAGCUUCUGUAAUGUAGGCGAGGAGAGGGAUGACGAGAAUGGUGAAGGUGUAUCACAUUUGGACCUCAACAGGAUGAGUCAAGAAGCUGGGGAGAGUAAUGGUGUGGAUGAAGGGCUACUGACAAUGGGAUUGGGGAAUGUGAAGCUGAACAUUCAUCAUACAGGGUUCAAACCUUACAAGAGGUGUUCAAUUGAGGCUAAAGAAGGCAAGAUUGUGAGCCAGCAGAAUGAUGAGAAAGGUCCAAAGAGAAUGCGGUUGGAAGCAGAGCAUUGAUACAGGAAGGUUGUGUUGUAUAUUAUUUUAGUCUAGUCCUAAAAGCUCACAAAACUUGCUGUGUAGUUGUGAGUGCUAUAUGAUUACCUUAUAGAAUGGACAUGCUGAAUGUAUUGGAUUUAAUUGUCAUAUUCCUCCUCCUAACAACUAUGGAGAAUGAAAAUUGAACUUUUGGAAAAUGCAUUUAGCCAUUUCUAUAAUCCACAAGUUGAGUUGUCAAUUUAAUAUGC